UACUGGAUGUGCUCCAAACGGAAAUCCAGAAUCUGAAUUCCCGCUAUAAACUCUCCAUUCGGAUUGAAAGGAAAAAAUGAUAUCUUCAGGUAAAGCCGUGGUAGGUUCAGUCCUGUGUACCAUAAUAGUUGUUUCUAUGGUCUUCUGUUUGUACCGGAAAUGUGCGGCUUUAUGGCGCCGGUGGAGGAACCGUAAGAUCAACGGGAGCUUUCGGCGAGAGGAAGUGGAGACUCAUCAAGACUUCAGGAAGAACGUUGAGGCGGUGAUCAUGGACGAGGAUGGAAUAGACGUUCUAUACCUGAGGCGACUCGAAGAUGGCGAGCUUGGGACUGGCUUCCCAAAGGUUGUGUUGAACUCUGGCUACGCAGAAGACUGGCCCGACGAGGAGAAGAGGGUGGAUGGUUCCGUGGAGGGCAUAAAGAGGACUGCAUCUCGGGAAGCUCUGCUGCUUCAAGAGCCAUUGGAUGCGGCUCCUGUCAAGAAAAAGCUGGAGGACAAUACCGGAAUUUCGAUUCCUGAGCAGCCCCUCCCUCCUCUGCCUCCUAGUCUUCCACCAAUGGUCCCGGGAAGCAUUCCAGCAAAGCCCACCCCACCGCCACCGCCCCCACCGCCACCCCUGCCAUCAAGGAGAGUUGCAGUCCUGGUGAGGAGGACCAGUCCUUUGCCAGCACCGACGCCGCCGCCGCUGCCACCAAGGGCAGCUGGACUUUCUGCUCUGCAGUUGAAACCUCCACCAGCGCCAGGAGGGAGGCAAAACAGCAGUCGAGCGGACCACAACUCAAGAAGUGAUGGCAAUGGCGGCACGAAGCUGAAACCGCUGCAUUGGGAUAAGAUCGCUCCUACCAAUGCUGAUCACUCGGUUGUUUGGGAUGAGAUAAAUGACGGGUCAUUGCGCUUUGACGAUGAGCUAAUGGAAACUCUGUUCGGAUACACGAACUAUAGGGACCGAGUAUCUGCAGGAAACGGGAAAAACGGAGUUUCAACAAGUUCAAACAAGCCGGCUUCUGCUCCCACAUCUCAGGUUUUCAUAUUUGAGCCCCGAAAGUCCCAAAAUGCAGCAAUAGUCCUCAAGUCCAUCACAAUAUCUCGAAGAGAGAUCAUUGAGGCCCUCCUCGAGGGGCAGGGACUGAGUGCUGACACCCAAGAAAAACUCACCAAAAUUGCUCCAACCCAGGAGGAAGCCUCGAAAAUCCGGCAAUUCGAUGAGAGCAAUAACAAACUUGCAUAUGCUGAGUGCUUUUUCUACCACAUCCUGAAGGCUGUUCCUUCUGCCUUCACCCGGCUCAACGCUAUGCUCUUCAGAUCGAAUUAUGACUCAGACAUUUUGCAGCUCAAGGAAUCCUUACAGACACUCGAGUUGGCCUGCAAGGAGCUGAGGACUCGAGGGCUGUUCUUAAAGUUGCUUGAGGCCAUUCUCAAGGCGGGAAACAAAAUGAAUGCUGGAACAGCCCGCGGAAAUGCUCAAGGUUUCAACUUGAGUGCUUUAGGAAAGCUUUACGAUGUUAAGAGCACUGAUGGCAAGACCACUCUACUCCAUUUCGUUGUGAAGCAAGUCGUUCGAUCUGAAGGAAGGCGUUGCUUUAUCAAUAGAACACAGACCAACUUGGAUUUGGACUGUGACACGGAGGAUGGGCAAGAGAAGGAAUUCCUAUCUUUGGGGUUGCAGGAGCUGGGGAGCUUGAGGACAGAGUUCUCCAAUGUUAGAAAAGCUGCAACUAUAGAGUACGAAAGUCUCAUCAAUACGUGUUCGGCUCUCUCGGGCUGUGUUGCAGAGAUUAGGAACCUAGUUUCAAGUUGCGAUGACAUUGGUGAACGAGGCGGGUUCCUGAGGGAAAUGAAACAGUUCCUUGAAGGGUGUGAUGAGGAGCUCAAGGUGGUAGGAGAGGAGCAAACAAGGGUGAUCGAGCUUGUGAAGAGAACUACAGAUUACUAUCAAGUGGGAGCUUCUAGAGAUAAGGGUACGAACCCACUUCAUUUAUUUGUUCUCAUUAAAGAUUUCCUCGACAUGGUCGACCGAGUAAGAGCAGACAUUACCCAGAAAUUGCAGAAGAAGAAGAGCACAGGCGCAUAUUCGGGAUUACCGCCGCCUUUAUCCUCACCAGCAAGAAGUCCACCAAGAUUUCUGAAUGACCGCUUGCAACCGGUGAAAGAUAUAUUAUCCCCAGAACGACAUAUUCCAGCAAGUCAGAAGAAGAUGAUGAUUUCCGAUAAUUUGAGACACAACUUCUAAGGUAAGUAGAGUAGGAAAAGUCGAUUCCACAAAGAAGAAUGUCAUUUGUUGCACAUGUUAUUUUCUUCUAUUUUUCAACAGGACAUUUGUUG